AAAUGUGCAAAAUUAUUACCCCCAUACAACGUAAGAAGUUGACCGUUGACAGGUAGCCUAUUGACUAGAAUGGCUAUUUGCCAGUAUAUCCAGGAAUAACCCAGCCAGUCAUUUCUUCCUUGGAGCUCACAAAAAAAAAAAAAAAAAAAAAGAAAGAUCAAAACGACGGGGGAUUAUUGCCAUAAGAACGACGAUGUAAUCUGCUUUGAUGCUAUCAAAUAGAUUUCCCAACAGGAACAUAUCCAGAUUCAUUUAAUUCCGCCUGUUUUAGUAGCUGUGCUAAUCUAACAUGUCAGAUAUCGCCAGGAUAUAAAGCGACGUACGUUUUAAUAUCCGAAUUUGACUCGUAUCGCGUACUUUACAAGGACGAGUACUUCUACUAAUAAUGGGCUAAUAACGACGUUACUAUUCAAUUAAACCACUCCUGGUUUAGGCUAUCUGUUUGAAAAAUGUUUCAAUAAUAAUAAUAAUAAUAAUAAUGCGUUGUAUUAUUAUUUUAUUAUUUAUUAUUAUUAUUAUUAAUAAUACUCGGAAUAUUUUAGUUAUAUUCGGUUUACGGUGAAUCAAACUUACACGUCUGAAACUCACAAUGGCCGUUCCUGCAAUGUCAGUGCAGUAAUAUAGUGGAACGAGGUGAAGAGACGUCGAAGUCUCCGGCGCACCGAAAGGGAUCGCUGUAGGCGCUGCUAAAAACUAGGCCUAUGUGAAUUCGGUCACAUGUUGCUUUACUGUGAAAAAAGAACCUCCGGGAAUUCCAGAAUGGGUGACGCUGAUGUACAGCCAUUCACGUCAAGACUUAGAAAACAGUGUACGGACGUAAAAUAAAUUUAAGAGAGAAUGAUGACACUGUUUAAUGUAUUAGGCUAUUAUUAUUUUUUAUAUUAUGAUGAUUAUUAUUAGUAGGUUAUUAUUAUUAGUAUUGGUAGUAGUAGUAGUACUCAUAGUUGAAUAAAAGGGCUAGUAAGGAUGUAAGACUAAAUGCACUGCCAUCCUCUUAGAUAAUUAUGUAUGUAUAUUUACACACUCUUUACACUUUUCAAUGAAGUGUAGAACUACAGUUCCCUUCGUGCUUACCUGACGUUAAAUAUCAUUGACCAAUAUAUUUUUACCACUGUAAUUGACGUUGCGAUUGGCCAAUAGCGUGCAGAGUAAUAGAGAACCAGCGUGCCAGUUGUCAAGGAUACGGAGUAGAGUGAGCCAAUCCCAAAUUCUGAUCCUGGAUCGGUUCUAUCUAUUUAGUACAUGAUGGUUGUGAUGAGGAUUGGGGUUGCAUGAACUGAUCCUGGAUUGGCUCUUGGGGAUAGAACGUAAACUGCAUACAAUCAUACCGGAAGAGGUGACUGCCGGCAGUUUGAAAUGACAUCACAAUUCAUUGAAACAUUGUUAUUGGCAAUAAUAACUUCAUCGACUCCAGCUCGAGUUUGAUAAGGAGAUUAUUGUUUCUGCAAUAGAAGAGAGAACAACAGAAAGCAAUCAUAUGAACCUGGAAAAUAGAUUGAUGACCGCCAACGAACGACCAGACCUGGACGAAAAAGACAUUCAGAUUGACAGCUGUGCAUAUGUCCAUUUGUAAGGACUUUUAUGUAAUGGAAAUUCAGGGCGAUGCUCCGGAUCCCUCCCCGCUGUCCCGGGACACACCGGUCCCGGGGGGUCUGCGGGAGUCGCCCCCGGCCCCCGCCGCAGCCGAGACGGGUCGUCCCGCGCAGGCCAGCCGUCCAGCCAAUGCCCCCCAUUCCCCUGGAGCGGGCCGACGUGCCAGCAGAGGAGGAGGAGGAGGAGGAGAGAGAAGAGAUGAAGAGGACGAGAGAGGCGGCUUGGUUCCGGCUGUGGUGAUCACACAGGCAGAUGAGGGGCGGCGGGCAGCGGCGAACCAGCCGGGAGGCGAUGGGGACACUGUCCAGCCGGAGGGUGCAGCGUCUGCGAAUGCCAGCAGCAGCAGCAGCCAGGCUAAUGGAGGUGACCCCGCCCGCUGUGACCUGCAGUCACUGAGGAGUGACAGCAUCUCGCUGUCCAGCGAACCCGCCAACUCUGGGAAGAGCGAUGGGGAGCAGGACUGCCAGGAAGAUGAUGUCAGAAGUGUCACCACAUCCUCCGUCACGUCCCUGUUCCAGCGGCUGCAGCUGGACCCGCUGGAGCGCGAGUGGCUACGCUUGGCGGCGGUGGGGGACGCGGCCGCCCUGCGCCAACUCCUCAGCCAGGACCCAACCCUCGCCUCCAAAAAGACGGCGCUCCACUGGGCAGCCAAGCAGGGCCGUGUGGAGAUGGCGGAGAUGAUGGCCCGGGCGGGCGUGGACGUCAACGUGAAGUCGCAUGUAAGUAUGUCACUUAUUUCAUUGUGACAGGCAUAAUGUAUUGGCAAAUUGUGCUAUAAAUACCAGGAUUCGGGUUGGCUAUCUCGUAUUCAGACAGCGGCCUUUUGGCAAGGGCCCCCUUUCAAACGAAUUGAGAAUUGACAAACAUUUUCAAAGCUAAAUUACCCCCAAUGUCACUGUGAAAUUAGGUUCUUGACCCAGCCUCUGAUGUAUGCUUAUUUUUCUACAUAUUUCCCCCCUCAAAUUUCAUGCAUGGCUAUUCACCGUUGGCACGGGUGACAUGGCUUCCUCUAAAGGGGGGGUACACCGCGCUCCACCUCGCCGCUCUGCACGGGCACCCUCACAUCAUCCGGCUGCUCCUCCACACCUACAAUGCCAAAGCAAACGUCAGAGACUACCAUGGGAAGACGCCGAUGCACUACUGGAGCGGCAGCGUGGACGUGUUCGGCUGCCCCGGCUCGCAGUCACGCGGGACGUGGUCCAGAGGCAGGCGCGCCCAGCGCUACGCCCACCUGCCGUCCCUCCUGCUCAGCGCCCGGUCUCGAACCCGCAGCCACGGGCACCUCAACCCGGAGCUGACGACCGCUACGCGGGAGCGGACCCCUGCGCACUGCGGCCGGCCCCGCUCGCCGUCCUGACCCCGGCAUCCACACCCCCCCCCCCCCCAACCCAACCCAACCCCCCCGCCCUCAACCUAGCCCCCGCUGCGCCGGCAGACACAAUAUUCAAAGCAGCUUUCAAAAUGCUCUGUUUGGGUCAAGCCAACUUGCACUUCUAAGUAAUUUAUAAUGCGCUUUACUCUGAGGUAUUGCACAAUCUCAUUAUCAUUAGUUUUUUGCAUAUUUAACUACAGUUUUUAAUUAGAUGGUAUUUUAUUAUUCAUGCACAUAAUUUGAGUCGAGCCCGCGCUACAGCUUUUUUGUUGUGAAGAGAAGAAUGAGGAGAGAAAGGGGGGGGUGGUUGGGGGGGGGGGGGGGUGUUUAAAAUGAAUCUGCCUGUAUUCCUGGAAUGGAAAGUUCCGGUUUGUAGUCUUUAGCCGGCGAACGAUUUGACUCUCUACUCUGGUAAUGGCUCGCUUUUAAUUUGGCUAAUAGCUAUCAUGUUGUGUACCUUUAUAAAUUUGCUAAAUUCACAGCGCUGGGAGUUGUCUCUCCGCGCGCUAACUGUAAGCAGUUUGCCGUGCUUGGCUUUUUGCACGGAAAGUGUUUGCUCAGGGUAUGGCUCCUUGAUGUAUUAUUAAAAUUGGAAAUGGACUCCAGGGACGGCAUCUAGUUAUGUGCUUUCAUUUGCCGAAUAAACCAAGCGUUGUUUUCAUCUUUUCUCCUGAUUGUUAAUGGCGCCACUGAUGAGAGGGGUGUUUUUUUUUUUCUUCUUUUUCUUUUUUUUUUUUUUUUAUCCCCCCCUCGCUCUCUCCCUUUAUCAGCUCGCGCCUUAUUAUGCAGGCGAAAUGGCCAAGCCGCUGAUUUUUGUUUAAGGUUUUCAAUUAGUCAUUUGACUGAGCACAUCUGCUCCUGGCAGCGUCCCCCGGUCUGGAGCGGGCACCAUCACCCGAUUCCACCUGCUGGAGAGGCAGGGCGGGGCCGGGCCGGGGGCCACGGACGAGCCUACUCUGUCGCCGGAUUCUCCAGACGCGUUUCCGGGGUUAGACUGCGUUCCAGUGUGUUUUACAGCAGGUGUCAUCAAGGUGCAGGCUUCAGGAGUCAGCCGCCCCUCCCUCCCUCCCUCCAGCCCCCCCUCCCCCUCUCCCACGCCCUAUCCCACAAUGCCUCCCUGCCGCUCUCACGCAAUGCCUCUUCAGAAAGGGGCAGGAUAUUCAUACCUUCCAAUGGAUGCCAUUACUGUAUGUUACUGCUGUUGUUUCCUUUGUUUGUUUUUAUUUACUUUUGCAUUUGUCAUUGUAGAAUUUCAUGUACUAGAAAAAGUUUUUUUUUGUCUUGAGUGGGCUUAAAUAUUGUCUUGAAAAAAUUUUUUUUGUACACUGUAUUGCACUAUCCUUCAUAUAGAUUGAGGUUGAUGUUUUGUCCGGGAAUACUGUGAUGCAAAGAAAAAUAUCUUAAAAUGUAAUUAUUGUGGGUAUAAUACCAAAGAUUAGACAAACUCAGCUAAGUUCUGAGAAUUUAAUGUAUUGAACAAAUAAAUGUUUAGGCAGAAUUUCAGUACAGCAUAUUCCAAGAUUGACUAUGAGUUUAUUCUUUAGGUUUCAAUGUAAUGAUUUAUAUUGUAUUUGCAGUUUAUGAUGAAAAUAUUUCAGUCUUUUCUGAAGAGAAAUGUGUGUAGGCAUGGGCCCUAAAGUGAGUGUAAAUUCAUUGAUUUCAGUGAGAGAGAGAGGAUAUUAGAGCAGGUGAAUCUGAGCUUUACUGCUGGUCCAGUAAACUAAACAUGUCGCACUUGCUCAUUGAUUUUUGUCUUGUGCACGCAAAUGAAGCAGGUACACAUGCUAGAUAAUGCUCACCUACUGUCUUCAGUUGCAACAGAAUAAACAGCAUAAACUUA